GCCACCACCGCGACGUGUCCUUUGGCGCUUUCUUCUUCCUGUAUUUCUAGAAUUCCAGAAGCAUUUCGAUCCACGCCUCUGCCCGUUCUUGCUGCAUGAAUGGGAUACCAUUGAAGCAAGUGAACGCAUAAUGUCGGCUGUAUACCUCCACAACUCGAUAUAUACCCGGGAAUCGUUACAGGGCCGCGCCAAUGUGCCACCUCACUCGAGAAACCUAUCAACGGUGUCGAGCGUAACCGUUCAGACGGAUUCGACUUUCCACUCACAUCCAACGGAACCACUUUUGCCACCAAGUAACUCGUCUAGAGAUACGUAUUUCGGGGGUCCGACGAGAGAAACGGGGGGAUCGAGGGUAGAUGUUGCCUCCCCAAGCAUUCCGAAUCACCCAUGGGCAUCUCCGAACCUUACGGAGGAGAAUACGUUCGUCGAAACGGAGAAACCAACCCAUUGGAAGCCUGCACGGCGCAGAGCUUCCAAGAGGUGGAGUUGGGCUAGGAUCGCAUUCGAAAUUGCCAUUGGUGGAUGGGCCAUUUACAAUGCCGUUCGAUAUUUUUUAUCGUUCACGAUGUUCGAAUCCAAUGCUGGACAGACGGCCUCCCUUGCACUAGGGAUCAGCUCCGGACUCUGCUUUGCCUUCCUAGUCUGUGCCUCAACCUUGUCAUUCUUUCAGUCUCAACUGGUCCUUAGUGGCCUCUCGAACCACUCCGUCUCCACGAUGUACUGGACACUCACGUAUACCUCCCUGCUAUUCCUUUUCGCGCCUGCUGCGGUCAACUUUGCGCUGCUUUUCGCUUGGAAAGAUUCCCCGGACUUGCAGUUGCGGAUGAAGUAUAGGUGCUAUAUGGACAUUGACGUGGUCUGGUCCAGACGUGCCGAGUACUGUAGAGGUCAAGCGUCGACGUGGGGUUUCUGGGUUGUACUCUCAACUUUACGUCUACUUGUCACUGCUCUCUUCAUUUUUGGAUAUCAUUUCAUUCUCGUCAAGAUUCGCCGUAUCAAUCCCAUUAAACCUCGACGAUUCCGUGACAAACAUCGCCACAAACCCUCUGAUGCAGGCUCAUUCCAUUCUUCCCAUGUCAACGGCGUACACCCCAUCUCCGAGACUCCAACCACUCACGCUUCCGCCUCCCAAGUCAAUCUCGACUCUCGCCACCUCGCGUCAGACGCCUCGUUGCUCUCUUCAAGGACAGGCCGAUCGCCCCGCGGUCUCCGCCUCCAGCGCUCGCAUUCUUCGGGCCUACUAUCGGCUGAGAGUCACCGCAACCCCCCUACCUCGCUGCUCGCCUCUGUUCCUGAACAGGAGAGGGAGAGUGGUGACUUCGGUGGCUUCUCGGAUCGGUUCACUUCCCUGGUCUCCCAGAUCCACAGGGAGACAGACGAUGCUCUCGAAUUUGCGAGAUCGGAUGGGGACAGGGCUUCCUCUCGCUACACGGGCGAUAGUUCACCCAGGAUUCGAACAGCCUCCCCCGAACAGGAGCACGAGUGGACUUCUUCCUCGGACGACGACGAUGGUGCCGAGAAUGGAGACACCACGGUCAGGCAAUCCAACCACGACGAAGGAGAGGAGGAUGACUUCUACGGUAACCGCCCAACGUUACCCCCUGUUCUGGGCUACAACGAAUUCGGCCAACCCUACCCUGCGGAUACGCAGGUUCCCAUGAUGAACGGCCUGGUGAGGCGCAUGCCGACCAUUGAGUCGAUGGGCUCCAGGGAGAUGGGAAGCAGCAUCGCGGCAUCGAGCCUGCUCGCGGACGGAAACACCCGACACAGCUUCCAGACCAGAUCGAGUCGCCCGCCCACCAGGAACACCCUCCUCUCGAUGCUCAGUGCCGACGGCCUGGCCUCACGGAGCUCGACCCCAAGCGAACCCUCGAGCCGUACCAACAGCUUAAUGGUGCAAGCCGAGAGGUUAGCUGCGUUGGGGCUGUUGACUGGGACAUCCAACGCCAGCGCGGACUCGCCCAACCCCACCGGCACAGGGACGUUCUUCCACAACAGCAGCUCACACGACAUCUCGGAGAUAGGGGAGCUCAUCGAUACGGUGCACAGUGUGAAGAAGGUUCCUCCCCCAGAGAGCCCGUCGCAUUUGGACCUUCCGUCUGGUAGUGGCAAGCGCGCUUCGAGGGAUCUCGAUGAUAUUGCGCGCAACCUGUUCUUCGAUCACGAGGACGACCGUUACCUGGACUCGACGAAUGGAAGCCGGAGCACCAAGGUCUCCUCGUACCACACGGCGACGAUGGGCAGUGGCAAGUCGCCAACGGAAGAGGCGUUCGCGCCGCCUGGGUUGACGCCUUCAUGA